UCGAUUAUCGUUUAUCAACAACUGAUAUAAAUGGCUGAAGAAGCGCAGCAAGAAUAAAAUUGUAUAUAAAUCAAUCAAACGAAUGAUUAAAAUCAUCAUAUAAGUUUUGUAACUUGAUCAGAUUCAGUACACUCGUCAAAUAUCAUGAAAAACUUAGUAAUUAUAGUCAUCUUUUUGGCAUUUGCCAAUGCUGACAUUGAAAACACCAGUUUUAAUGGCAGACCUGGAUGUAAGACUCUUGGUGAAGUUGGUUUGACAUUUCCAAAUUUUUUCGACUCAUCACGUUAUUGGCAUUGUUAUGCCAUAAAUAAUCAAGCUAUUUCGGAACGUUGUCCAAAUCAAUAUGGCUUUCAGGCUAGUAUAAAAUCCUGUGUGCCAUAUACCGUCUGGAGAUGGGAAGAACCAGUCAUGCCGCCUAGUUGUCCUGAUUUUGAACAGGAAUGUAUAGCUGGAUCAUCUCUUAUUGUCGGAAAUAACAAAAUAUAGUUUGUUAUUGUGAUUUUGUUUUGUUUUUAAUAAAUUUUCAAGUAAAUUUUCUUUAAAAAA